AUGGAAUUGAAUUCUUUGUUGUCAAACAAAGGACUAGACUUAAGAUUUUUGAAUUUGACAUAUGAAGUAAACACCUGGACAGACUUAUUAAAAAUAGGUAUGGAUUAAAUUGUGUAAAAUAGCUAUUGUGUAAAAAUAUUGUAAGAAUACUAUUUUUGAUAAUACAUUAUUUACAGAAAAAAAAACUAUUCUAAAUGGUGUCAGUGGUGCGUUCUAUCAUGGUAAACUAUGUGCAAUUAUUGGAUGUUCAGGGUCUGGUAAAACAUCUCUAUUAAAUGCAUUAUCUGGUUACAAGUGAGUUAAAUUGUGUUUUUAUUAACUAGAUAAAUCAUCUAGACAAGUGUAUGGAGUUAAAAGAUAAAAGAAAGAAGACAAAAAAGAAAUUUGUACAUAAAAGUUAACUAAUAAUUGAUAAACAUUAGAGAGAAUAGAUUGAGAUGGCUUCGGUUUGUUGUACGGAGAGAAGAGAUAGUGGCAGUAAAUAAUGUUAUGAAAAUAGUUGAUGGAAGUUAAAGCUGAUUAUAGUAGUUAGAUUAUAGUUAAGUAGCUGAUUAUAAGAUCUUAUCAUUGUUAUUGAAGACGAAAACAAAAAGAAGAUUGAAGAAAUAAUUUAGUAUUGAAGUGAUUUAAAAUGUUUAAAUAAUAUUUAUUUAUAAUACUGAAUAUCUUCUCCUUUUCCUUCAUCCUAACUUUUUGGGAUCACCCACCCUUGUCUUAUACUUGACCCAAUCUCCCACCAUAUAUACACCAGAUGCAUUCAAUGACAUUCAACUUCCUCUUUUUCAAUCUUCUUCUUCCCUUUUUCUUCCUGUUUAUUUUCAUUAAAAUCCUUACUGCUAAUUUGUCUCUUCUUAUUUUACAACACUGAAUAUAGUGGAUAUUAUUUUAUUUAUAAGGUCUAGCGGUUAUUCAGGAACAAUUUUGACUAACAACAAACCUCUGGAAAUGGAUUCAUUUAAAAAACAAUCAUGUUAUAUAAUGCAAGAAGACCAUCUACAUGAGCAAUUAACAGUUAGAGAAGCAAUGGAAUUUGCAUCAAAAUUAAAAUGUUUAACAUUAUCAUUGGAUGAAUGUAAAAUUGAAAUGGUAAAAUUUAAAUUAAACUUUUAAUAAUUUCAAAUCAUUAAUCAGCAACAAUUUUAGAUAGACUACAUUUUGGAAAAUCUAAACCUUCUGAAAAUUCAAAAUACAUUUACAAUGCAUUUGUCAGGAGGUGAACGUAGAAAACUAUCAAUUGCAUUAGAACUAAUUCACAAUCCAAAUAUCAUGUUUUUCGAUGAACCUACUAGGUGAGCUACAUUCUUGUUGUUUUAAUAUAAUAUCAAAUAAUUAGAUUUAAAAGUCUGAAUGAAUUAUUAUUCAAAAAUUAUUAUCAAAUUAUUAUUUAAAUAGUAAUUUCUAUUAAAUGUUCAACUAUAUUAGUAUAUUCUUUGGCGUUCAAUUAUUUAUAAUUAUUAUUAUCAUAUAAACUAGCGGACUGGAUAGUUCAUCAGCAAAACAAGUUUUGGUUACAUUAAAGGAUCUCGCCAAUUCUGGCCGUACCAUAGUUUGUACAAUACACCAAGCUUCCGCUUCACAGUUAAAGCAAUUUGAUAUCCUCUAUAUACUCACUCCAUCUGGCCAGUGUAUUUACCAUGGUAUGACAUCAAAUCUAUUAGAUUAUCUAGCCAUUCAAGGUCUACGAUGUCCAUUGUAUCACAAUACUGCAGACUACAGUUAGUGAAAUAAUAAUUUACAUCAUAGUAUUAUGUAUAAACAUUAUAAAAUAAAUUAAUGGUUCUUAUAGUUAUUGAAAUAAGUGUUGGAGAGUAUGGUGAUCAAGCAGAAAAACUGGUAAAGUAUAUUAACAACGGAAAAUCUACAGAAUGGUUUGGAAGUAAUAUUCAAGAACAUUUAGUUUUAGGUUGGUAAAAAUUAUAAAUAUUUUCUAAUUAGUAAUAUUUUUGUAAUUAAAUUUUUAGUAUUGUUUAUCAAAAUAAAUUUUGGGUAGGGACCCAUUGAUUUAAGAUGUAAGUUCUGUAAAAUUAUAGAGUAUUUCACCAUAUACCUAUGUUCUGUUUUAAUAUUUUUUAGAUUCUGAGUGAGAAAUGUAUUAGUUUUAUAAUGAUGUCUUUUUUUUUGUUCUAUGAAGAUCUUUUAUACUGGAAAUUUUACUCGGAUUUUCUAGUGUAGCACUUUUUCUGAAAAAAAUUUAGACUGAAGUGGUACUUUAGGGAAAUCAUUUUUUGAUUUUCCCAGGGGUUUUUGUAAUAAAUGAGAAAAUGUACGAAAUAUAUUAUUUUCAAAUCGUAAAUAUUGCAGUCUUUUAAAAUAUGUAUAACUGAACUAAGCUCAGAAUAAUUUUUCGGUGGCAAUGAUUAAUUUGUGCAUACAGCUAUACUUUAAAUUUCCCCUCUACCUACCAAACUUCUCACAUACAACAAAGGGCUACCUAUCGUGCGAAGUAUGUCUGUUUGUUUCUUAUAACAAACAAUCAAAUAUUAAGUACAAUUUUCAAUAAAACUUACAUAAACCUAUAAUGUGAAAAAUUUGUACUUUACAGAAAAUCAGGUACCAACUGUUCUAGUCAGUGAUAAAAUUAAAGAAAAAAAGUGUGCAAAACAAAAUCAUUACUAUCACUUAAUUCAGUUCAUUAUAUUAUUGCAUAGAUGUGCUGUUAAAGUUUUAAGAGAAAAAGUAUUUAGAAUUUGAAUUGAAAUUUGUCACCAAAAUAAUAUAUUUAUGAUAUUGUCUUGUGUUAACAGUUUGUCACUACAAGAUUAUUGGUUCACAUUAUUGUUAGUGCUGUAUACGGUUGGGUAUAUUUUAGUGUUGGUGUUAACGCAUCAUUCAUUCAUGACAAUCUUAUGUUGUUGUUCUUCAGUUUAUUGUUUAUUAUGUAUACUGCUAGUUCUUCAAUGAUAAUAAAUUGUAUGAUGGUAACAGAUUAUUAUAAUAAUUUAAUACAUACUAAAAUAAGUUUAUAUGCGUGCACUUUAUUAAUAAUUUUAUAUUACAGUUCCUUUAGAAAUACCAAUUCUUUCAAAAGAACAUUUCAAUCAAUGGUAUUCAUUAUCAUCAUAUUAUCUGAGUUUUACAAUAAUAGAUUUACCAAUUCAGGUAAUUUAUAACUAAAAAUAUUUUUUGAAAAAAAAAUCACAAAUUCUAAGAAUUUAUUGUUGUUUUAAAUUUAUUUGAAACAAUUUGAUAUUUUUUAAGUGUAGUAAAUAAAUUAAGUAUAACUUGAGUAUAUAUUUGUUUAGCUUUAGCUUAGGUAUUUAUUUACUUGUAAUUUAUCAUCAUUUUAUUGAUUUUAAUAAAUUAUUUUAUAACUCUUUGUAGACCGUUUGUACAUUUAUGUACUGUGCCGUUUUGUACUAUUUUACUGGACAACCACUUGAAUGGCCCAGGUUUGCAUUAUACACCCUUAUGAUGUUAAUGGUAGGAUUGUUGUCACAGACUAUUGGUAUGCUUAUCGGAACACUCUUCAAUGACUUAAGAGUAAUUAUACAAAAUAGUUUUAAUUUAUAUUCAUAAUAAGUUUAUUAAUUUUUAACAAUUUAAAUAGUUCAGCACAAUUUUAACGAGUUUUUUACUUAUGCCUUGGAUGAUGUUUGGAGGUAUUUUUAUUAAAAUAUCUGAUACACCAGAAAUGUUUCGAUGGUUGUUUGACAUUUCUUUUAUGAAACACGCCAUGGAAGGAAUAAUGCAUUGUGUUUAUGGUUUAGAUCGCCCCAGAUUAUAUUGUCCCAAGGUAAGAUAUUCAUAUUGACUGCAAAUUUUAAUGUUCAAAAUUUUAUUUCUAAUUAUUAUAAAUUUUUCAGAUUUACUGUUACAACUCUUUGCCAUCAAAUGUAUUGAAAGGUCUAGAUAUGUCAGUUAACAAGUAUUGGUUCAAUUUUAUUAUUGUUACCAGCAUUUACUUUCUGUUAAAAGUGCUUACCUAUCUAGUGUUAAAAAAAAAAUUACAAAUGCACUACUGA